AGUUGACAAUGGGCAUCCCCCUCUCUUUUGACCGCACCUUUUUCAACCCCACAAAUCUCGCACUCCACAUCUGGACAAACACCCAACUCACCCUCCUAGACACACUCUCGCACAACACCCUCAACAAAGCCCUCAAUGGCCCACCCAAGAUUGCCAUCCACGUCCCCGAAUCCGGGAUACUCUACACAGCCCGCUUUGAAAACGCUGAAAUCAUUUCUGCUGUAUUCCCCGGUAUUAUUGAUACGAUCCUCCCCAUCCCCGCCCGCAAGGAACUGAAUAGCCAUGUCGUACGACUCCUCUUGGCGGCAUUUUGGGAGGUCAAGAUGAAUGGAUUGGGCUCUUGUUUAUCGGGUUUUGAGAAUACGAGGUGGGUGGGUGCCUUUUUGGGUGAGUGUUUUGUGGACGAGUGUUUUGUUGAGGUGGUGUGGGAGGAGGUUGUUGUUACUCCUGGGUUGGAGAAGGAGGUUUUGGAGUUGAUUUUUAGGGCUUUUGGCAAUAAACGCUUUGCAUCCCUUUUUCGCUCCUACCCACCCAAACCAACGACUCCACACCUCAACCUCCUCCAAUUCCACAAACACGGCCUGUCAGCCCUCAACCCCUCCUCCCCCUUUUACCUCCCCGCCCUCGAAACCCACGCAUUAACAUGGGAAGCCCUAUCAACCACACACACCCAAUACAUUUCAACCGCCCUCCGAACAUACUGUACCCUCUUAUCUCAAAUCGCCAUCCGAUUGGACACAACGCACGACCACCGACAUUACUAUACACUUAAAUUGAAUUUCGCAGUCCUGAAUUCCCGCGUGGAACCACGGAACGGUCGUGAACUUUUGGAAUCCAUCUUGAAUGCCUCUCCACCUCCUUGUUCCGAUAUCCGUCUCGCGGCAUUAUAUAACCUCUCCAUGAUGUCUCCUAAACAUUUACGUCGUCUUGAUGGGUUUGUACCUGUUUCGGCUGUGACGCCUUGGACGGAUUUAGGGUUAUUGGCUUUACCUACUGAUGUGUUUACACCUUGUUGUGCUGGGUGUGGGAGUGCUGAAUUUGUGAGACGGUUCCAAAAAUGUGGGGGGUGUAAAGGUGUCAAGUAUUGUUCACGGGAAUGUCAGGUUGGGCAUUGGGGUGUGCAUAAAGUGGAGUGUAGGCGGAGACUUUCGUCGUUUUAUGGGUUGGAUGAUUAGUGAGUGUGUGGAAAUAAUUGUGGAGUAUAGAUAUUGGAACUGGUGGUUUUGGCAAGCUUGUCACGCACAUGCACUGACUGUUUUGUGUGCAGCUCGGGUUUUAUUAAGGGAUUUUUUUAAGGCCAAAUUGAGGUGGUGCUUUGUAAAAGGAUGCAUACUGCGUCCAUGUGUGUGCGUAAGGUGACGUUAACGGACCUUUAUUAAGCAUUUUGGAAACUUGUUGCAAAUAACCCUUUUUAUAAUAUUGCCUUUUGUUUAUAUGUAACGUAAACCAAAAAUAUAAUAUAUAAGCUCUACUGUUAUUCUCA